AUGGCCAUCUCUACACUGGAGAUGAAUAUCAUUGUAGGGCUGGUCACCAUCCUCAUUGUCUUCGUGUUGGUACGACCGUCACGCUAUGUUCAGGGCUCAAGCGACGUCAAUGUUCAGGUGCUGGCUCUGGGCGACAUCGGCCGGAGCCCUCGUAUGAGAUAUCAUGCUCUGAGCAUUGCCCAAAAUGGUGCGCAGGUGCAGUUGAUGGGAUUUCUCGACUCCGAACUGGACGAUGAUAUCAAAAACAACAACCUCAUCGACAUUGUACCAAUCCCAUCACCCGCAAAGUGGUUGCAGACGUCAAACCGGCUAUUGUUCCUGGUUGUCGCUCCACUGAAGGUUUUGCAUCAGGUGUGGCUUCUCUGGCAGACACUGGCAUACCACGUGCGACCAGCACAAUGGCUCCUGGUUCAGAAUCCGCCAUCAAUACCCACGCUUCUGCUCGCGACUGUCAUCUGCUAUCUUCGCGGCCAGAAAAUGGUCAUCGAUUGGCACAACUUUGGCUACAGCAUACUUGCGUUGAAGCUUGGUGAGAAGCAUCCCCUCGUCCGCAUUGCAUGGGCUUAUGAGUUCUUCUUUGCCACAUUCGCGACACAUCACAUCGUUGUAACGGAUGCCAUGGGUCAUGUUCUCCGCGAUCAACUUGGCCUGCGAGCCAGCAUCAGAACAUUGCAUGAUCGGCCAGCCGACAUUUUCCAGCCAAUGGACGCAACCAAGCGUCUUGCAUUCCUCCAGCAAUACAAGAGCGUGUUGAAGCACUACAACAGCCUGGCAGACGAGAAAGCGUAUCUGCUCGUUUCGUCCACCUCCUGGACUCCGGAUGAGGACUUUUCGAUCUUGUUGGACGCUCUUUGCCAGUACUCACAGAGAGCCGCGUCAGGAAGCAAUCUGCCUGAGGUAGUCAUUGUCAUCACCGGAAAGGGGCCACAGAAGCAGCACUACGAGACUCUCAUCGACAAGCUGACCAGCCAAGGCAUGCUCAGCAAAGUGCACAUCUACACGGAUUGGCUCAGCUUCUCAGACUAUGCCAGACUUCUGGCGGCUGCAGACCUCGGCAUAUCACUACACACAAGCAGCUCCGGUGUUGACCUUCCCAUGAAAGUUGUCGACAUGUUUGGCGCAGGAUUGCCUGUUCUUGGCUUCAGUCAAUUUGCUGCAUGGCCUGAGCUCGUCACAGAAGGUGUCGAUGGCAGAGGCUUCGGAAAUGCUGAUGAGAUGGCCAUGAUUCUGCAAGAGCUUCUACACCCUUCUCAUACCCGUCUUGAUGGACUCAAAGCUGGUGCGCUCAAGCAAAGCAAGCGGCGCUGGUCUGACGAGUGGGUGGUGAUGAAGGGCACACUCGGGCUUGGAUAA